CAUCUUUAUGCUUAUUGCUGGAGAGGGUUCUCUUUUUCCCCAACAGGACAACCUUCUUCCCCCACCAUCUUUCACUUUCUCUGUCAUCUCAUCUUCCCUCAAAAUUAGGGUUUCACUUCCCCUUCCUUUCGUUCUCUUUCGAUUCGUAAUUUCGCCGUUCGUUUGUCAUUUCCCUUCUCUUACUUGUCCUUUCUCAUCCAGUUGCUCUUGCAUCUCGACCCUUUCAUCGCCAGAAUUCCAUCCCAAGAUCCAUUUUUUUUUUCCCGUUUGAUUGUCAUCCCCCGAACAGAAUUAGAGCUUUAGUCCGAGUUUUGGUGUAGGCGUAUCAAUGGCGUCCGUGGAUUACUCGUACUGGUGCCACAGGUGCAAUCAAGUCAUCCGGGUCGAGACCCAGGAUCUGGACUCAAUCAACUGCCCCAAUUGCGGUGGCGGAUUCGUCGAAGAGCUCGAAUCCCCAUCCGCAAUCCCUCCCCACCAACGGUUCCCCGCGGCCGCUAUGUACUCUGGUAAUGGGUCCGAUUCGGACCGCAGCACGAGCCCUACACUGCGACGUGGAAGAAGGAAUGGCAGCGACAGAUCCCGUUUUAAUCCGGUUAUUGUCCUCCGUGGAGCAGCUGAUGGCGGCGACGAAGGAACUGCAGUCGAUGGGGGUAACAAUUACGAGUUGUAUUAUGAUGAUGGCUCUGGUUCUGGCUUGCGGCCGUUGCCCACGAGUAUGUCGGAUUUCUUGAUGGGUUCGGGGUUUGAUCGGUUGCUUGAUCAACUGGCUCAAUUAGAGAUGAAUGGGAUUAGGAGGUUGGAGAAUUCCCCGGCUUCAAAGGCUGCGAUUGAGUCUAUGCCUGUGGUUAAGAUCAUUGGGAAUCAUAUAGAUACUGAAUCGCAUUGCGCGGUUUGUAAGGAAGCUUUUGAGCUUGAUGGCGAAGCUAGAGAAAUGCCUUGUAAGCACAUUUACCAUGCAGAGUGUAUAUUGCCUUGGCUUUCGAUAAGGAAUUCGUGUCCCGUGUGUCGGCAUGAAUUGGUGAGUGAUAUACAAAGCAGUGUGAACAAUGUGAAUGAUAGAGAUGGGAUACGAGAGGAGGAUACAGUUGGGUUGACAAUAUGGAGGCUCCCGCGAGGCGGGUUUGCGGUGGGGAGGUUUACAGGGGGAAGAAGAGCUGCUGAGAGGGAGUUGCCCGUUGUUUACACUGAAAUGGAUGGUGGUGGGUUCAAUGCUGGUGGGGUUCCAAGGAGGAUUUCAUGGGACUCAAAUAAUAGGAUAUCCAGAGAGAGGAGGGGUUUGCGUCGGGCAUUUCGCAGUUUCUUUUCAUUCUUUGGGAGGCGAACUUCAUCGUCCAGGUCAGGUGCUGAUCCUGAACCGGGAUCUAUGAGGAGAAGUCGUUUAACUGCUGUAUUUGGUAGAUCCUCACGGAGGCGCAGCCAAGCCUUGUUCUAGUAUGAAGGAAGCGGCUGGCAGUGUUUCCCUCGUCUUUAAAUUAGUCCGCACUUGAUGGUGCAUUUGGCUGGCUCAAUUUGAUGCAUGGCAAAGGCUAAGAAUUGCCCAGUUGUUGUAGAUAAUAACACCAAUGCAAGUAGGAUGAAAAAGCUCUGUUUUGAGGUCAUCUGUUUGAGGAGAAUUGGGUAAGGGUGCGUGCCCACACAAAUUUUGGCCAGAACAACUUAGAAGUUUCGUAUGCAAUGCAUAUAAUGGGCUUUCAGACGUAGAGCAUAGGUUAUUGUACAUGGCUCCAGCUCUGCUGAUCGCUAUAUUAUAGGAGCUCUAUCAGUUUUUGUUGGUUCAAAAGUUAUGAGAGCAAUUUUUUUCUUUACCUUUUCCUCCAUUCUAAUUUAUCAAAGUUUCUGUUCAUCUUUUGUGUCCUUUCUUGUUCCAUUUAAGAUGCGGUUUGGAUAUUCUGACUUAACGCAACUUGAUAUUUAUUCUCCUCAUAGUUGUUUGUGUCACUCGUCCUGUACAAUUUGUGGGCGGUAUGAAGAUCUUUACCUAGUUCUGCCAUGUAAAUAGUUCCUUACAGAAAUUGCCAUAAGUUUAGUUAAGAACUGAGGGCCUCUUUAUGUAAGAAUGAAUGGUUGGCUUUUAGAAAAUGGAUUCUUUUAUACGAGUGGCCUCUUUGUGUUA